AUGCUCAUUGACGGUGAAAAGUGGGCUUGUGAAGCUUGCGUCCGCGGCCACCGUGUGACAACCUGUAAACACAAUGAUCGACCAUUGAUCCGCAUCGCCAGAAAGGGUCGCCCCUUUUUGACCUGCUCUGUAUGCAACUGCACCCCAUGCCAAGCUCCAGAGGAGCACACCAAACUCAGACGUGAGGCAGAGUCCAAGUCUCAAUCUUCAAAAAAAUCAUCCGGUAGACCCUCCCGUCCAAACAGCGCCCUCCAACCUAUCGCGCCCCGUCCUUCGCUCGACUCUGCCACCCCGGCCGCCAGCCACGCUGCGAUCCAGGCACCGCUCGCAGGUCAUCCCAGCGCAGCUGGCGCCGUCCCCGCACGACCGGGGAUUUCUCCGAGUCCCCGCAGCUCGACAGAGACAGACACCCGGAUGGGUAUGAGCCAGAGUCCCGGAUACACAUCCGGCGACUCGCACGCACAGCGGCAUCCCCAUCCUGGCGCGCGAUCUACCGCCCCAGCUGCCCCUAUUCCAGUCUCACUCCCAGUAUUCACCACCGCGCCCCCGCCCUUGCACUUCCCGCUAACCUGCGGCUCGUUCGCAACUCCCGCUCUCGCUUCCGUCGCUGACAUCCCCGUCUCGAUGGCGCUGAUGCACGGCGACGCGCACGGCGCCGGGUUCCUGUUCGCGGACGGCGCGGGCGGCUACGCAGGCGACGGGGUCUUCUCGCUAGACGAUCUGGAUGUGGGCGUGGGCGUGGGCGGAGGUGCGAUGAUGCAGUCUGAAUGGGGGGAUCAGUUCUGGCUGGGGGAUGAUUCUGUGUGA